AUGGCUUUAUUCCGUACUAUUCCGGACAAGGUGGGCAGACUAUGGAAUGAAUGGAAUCUCCGCGGUGCUGUUCUUUUCAGUCUCUUCUUGCAGGUAUUGUUGAUUUUCUUAGCACCAUCACGGAGAAGAAGAAAGAGCAGAAUAUUAAGGUCGGUGAUAUGGUUGGCGUAUUUGCUUGCUGAUUGGGUUGCGGUCUUUGCCAUUGGACUCAUCUCCUCCAAUAUUGGCGAAGGAGGUAACUGUGACAAGCUGGGGGUAAGCAAAGACCUUUCCGCUUUUUGGGCUCCCUUCCUUUUACUACACCUCGGUGGCCCCGAUACCAUCACAGCUUUCUCUCUAGAGGACAAUGAACUGUGGCUCCGGCAUUUGCUUGGGCUUGUCAUCCAGCUUGCUGCAGUUGUUUAUGUUAUCUCACGGCCAAUCCCUAAUGAAUUUUGGAUUCCAACACUCCUCAUGCUUUUUGCUGGAGCAAUUAAGUACGCUGAGCGGACUCGUGCCCUGUAUCUAGCAUGCUCAAGUAAUUUCAAAUACAAUGAUCAUGCACCUUGGAGAACUUUCAAGGAAAAGGAUAUCAGCAGUGACUUGGAGGUGGUGAAACAUGGCAACACAUACUUCAAACUUUCCAAAGGACUAAUCAUUGACGGCAGGCCUGAUCCCAAAAUGGGUUACGAAAUUCAACAGUAUUUCAUUAACAGGACUUGUGAAGAUGCUUUUCGAGUAAUGGAAGUUGAGCUGAAUUGCUUGUAUGAUAUUCUCUACACCAAGAUAGAAGUGGUGCAUAGCAAGAUCGGGUGCAUUUUUAGCCUUCUAUGUUCUGUCCUUGUAGCGAUUUCCUUCCAGCAAUUUGUAGCCUCUCAUCACACUAACAGGCACAAAUUAAUCCACGGAGGAGGAACUGACAUUGUUGUUACUUAUACUUUGCUUAUUGGUGCCGUUGGCUUGGACUUUGUAUCUCUUCUCAUGCUCAUCUUUUCCGACUGGACUCUAGUUUCAGAACUACUGGAGAAGAAUACCAUCACUCAGCAGGUUAGAUCAAUUAUCUUUGCCAUCCGCAAGAUAUUAAUUCCAAUAUUAUUAAUGGAUAAAAGAUGGUGCCAAUCUGUCUCACAGUUUAAUUUAAUAAGUUAUUGUGUGGCUGAAAAGUACUCCUCAUGGUUCAACAAAGUGACUGGCUGUUUUGGACUCAAGGAAAUGCGAUACAUAAAAACCAAGCCGGUUGGGAAUGAGCUGAAGGAAUUCAUUUUCACAGAGCUGAAAAAAAAGGCAGUGGAGCAUUAUGAAACUUCCAAGGAGAUAUUUUCAGCCAAAGGCAAUUGGACUCUCAAGGAGUACAAAACCUUCCUUGGUGAUGGUUACUCCUCAAUCGCAGAGACUGUGAGCGAGCAAGUUGAAUACGAUGAGAGCCUCUUGGUGUGGCACAUUGCUACUGAACUGUGCUAUUUCAAAGAUGGUGAAAAUGGUGAUGAUCCGAAUCGUGAAUACUGUAAGAUCUUGUCAGACUAUAUGUUGUAUCUAUUGGCCAUCCAGCCUACGUUGGUGACCAACGUUGCGCAAGUCAGGUUCCAGGAAACCUGUCGACAUGCCAAGAUGAGCAUUCCGCUUGAUAUGUCAGAUUUACGUGGUCAUCUACUUUCUAAGUAUGGAAAUCUGCGCGGUAUUACACGGGAUAGACAUUCGGUUUUGCUUGGUGGUCGUAAGCUGGCAAAAGAACUUCUCCAGUUGGAGGAUAAGAAAAUGAUGUGGGAAAUGAUGGGCAUAGUGUGGGUUGAAUUGUUGUGCUUCGGCGCAAGUCAUAGCAAACCAAGCGCUCAUGCUCAGCAACUCAGCAAUGGUGGCGAGCUCAUUACCUUCAUCUGGUUGCUCAUGGCCCAUUUUGCCUUCGUAGAAGGGUUCCCCGACAAUUUUAGGAACGAACGCCUACAAAGUGUUAUGAUUAUGCGUUCGGAAUGGAUAACGCAAAAACCAGACGGAAUAAUCAUCGACGAAGGGAAGCGGCCAGCAGGCAGCUUCAGGAGGAUGAUGGGACAACAGCAUUGGAAGAAGCACAAGGGUGGUUCGGAUGCUCACAAGGAUAGGGCACCUAUCCAGCGGCAGCAGAAUGGGGUACCACAGGCAGGACAUGGACAGGGACAGGGACAACAUGUGCAGCAGGGUCAAGGGGCGCCGGUACCUUUGCCCGCUCCACAGGUUCUACGGAUUCAGGGACAGGCGUAUCUAGCUUUACCAGCACUGCCACAGACUCAGGGAUAG